AUGGCCCAGAAUAGGAGGACAUCUAAUCAUGCUAGUGAUGUUUUUGAAACAAAAAGUGAAAGUUCUAUUAAUGAUAUUGAUUAUCAAACUUUAAAUCUAUUGAGAGUUAUCAUUAUAAGGACUGUGAAUACAGAAAAAUUGUAUCUCAUUCAAGCACUCAGAAGUCAACUUCAUGAGAUGGCCAGAAGUAGUUCUGAUUUACCAAUAUUAGUGCUUGCUCUAACAGGUAUUGCAGCUUUCAAUAUUAAUGAAGUGACAAUUUAUUCAAAACUUUUUAUUUUAGUACUAAUUAGAAGUAAUCUUGAUAUUAGUGAUGAAUGA